AUUGUGGGAAAUCAUUUCGGAAAUUGUUGUUCCGAAAGGCUAUAAAUUGUCGUCUGCAAACAAACAUUUGAACAAGAAAACAGAUUUUGACUAUUUUAGGAAGACUAAGCACUGUAUGGCUCUUUAAGAAAAUUGAAGCAAAUAGAAAUGACUGACCCAAAGAAGCCUUGUUUUAAAAAGACAUUUGCAGUACCAAAGCUUAAAGCAGAAGUAAAAGCUGAGAACUUGCUAUUGAGUCCCAAAAAUCUGUUUAAGACUGCUGAAAAUAAUACGGCCAGAUCUGAAACUGUUCAGGUUCAGCCAAGUUCUGGAAAAUGUGAUGAUUCUAAUGAUGUCAUAGACAAAGAACAGGACAAGGAGAAUACUGCAGUGGUUUCAAAGAAAGUCAAGUCAAAGAAAAGCCUUUUCCAAGCUCCAUGCACCUCAGAUAUUGACAAAAAGGAGGUAAAGGAAGAAUUAAGUGAGAAGACCAAAAAGAAAGGAACAAAGAAAUCCCUCAAGGAACAGUCAAAUACGGAUGCUGAUUCAAAUAAACCAGCUGAUUCAGAUAAACCAAAACCUAAGAAAAUAAAAAAGGUGAAAUCUAAUGUUGAUGACAAUAUUGAUGUUUCAAAGCCAAAGAAAGUGAAAAAGGAUAAGUGUGCUGACAAAACAGAAAACUUGUCAAAACCAAAGAAGCCAAAGAAAAAGAAGUCAGAUACUGAAGCACAGAAUGAAACUAAAGCUACUGAAGCACAGAAUGAAGCUAAAGCUACUGAAGCACAGAAUGAAACUAAAGCUACUGAAGCACAGAAUGAAGCUAAAGCUACUGAAGCACAGAAUGAAGCUAAAGCUACUGAAGACACAAAUGCUCAACAUGAAAAGAACUUUUCUAUUGAAAAAGAAGAUAAAGAUGAUGAGGUUAAAAAUGACGAUGAGAUGGUUUGCACAGAAAAAAAUGAAGAAUCUGUCUGUCAGCCUGCUAUUGAAAAUGAGAAACACAAUGAUGACUCAAAUGAAAAUGGAAGCCAGCAAGAAAAGGAAAAUGAGGAAGCACAGUCAGAAAUUCAGACUGAAAAGCCUCAGGGAACAGAUGGUACCCCUAAAGAACCACAAAAACCACCAAGAUCUCUCUCAGACCAAGAAUAUGAAGAAAUAUUUCAGGCUGUUCUAGAUAGAUGUAACAACACAUCUGUUGAUGAAAUGUAUGAGUCUUUAAAUAAGCCUGUAAAAGAGAAAAAGCAAAAAAUACAGAAAGCUAUUCCUGAAAAAGUUACAAAGCAAAAACAGAUAAAAGCAACCAAGACAAAGAAACCAAAAGAACAGACACAGGCUCAAGUUGUUCCUACAAGUAAAAAGUUUGACAAAAAAAAGGCCCCCAAAAAAUCAGAAAAUAAUACAGAUGUCAAAGUUCAAGAAGAAAAACAGUCAGAAAAUGAAUGUAAUUCUGAUGAAGAGCUACAAUCUGAGGAAGAGUUAGAUGUUCUGGAAUUUGAGAAUGUGGAUGAAGUUGAAGAAUGCCAGGCUCUAUCACAGCUAAUACCUGACGAAGUUAUUAAUGGUCUUCAGGGCUUAAGCAAUACUGUUGAACCAAACUUUCAAGAUGUAAAUGAGGAAACACCAGAGGGUAGUGAAGUAGACUACAAAUUACCCGUACAGAAAACUCCACCACCAAAAAAAAGCAAGAAAUCAGAAAAUCAUUCUUCCAUUAAAAAACAAAAACUAGCACCAAAACAGCUAAACUUCCCAAAGAAAAUUGAAGAAAUAAAGAAGGAAAACCCAAAGAGUGAAACAAAGUCUAGUAAAAAGAAAUUGAAAAUGGAGGUGCAUGUGUCCAAGAAACCAACAAAAGAAAAAGUGACAGAUAAACUAGCAUCAAAGGAGAAAUCAAGGAAAAAAGAAAUGCAAGAAAGAUACUUGACAAGAGAAAAGCUAGGAACAUGGGUUCAGUGUGGGGAUAAGAACUGUUCUAAGUGGAGAUUUUUGCCAGACUGUGAGGAUCCAUCAGAACUACCAGAAGUCUGGACCUGCAAUUUGAAUACAGAUAAAAGAUACAACAGCUGUGAUACUGAUGAGCAGAAUUAUAAUGAAGAUGAGCACAUAUUUACAAACUUUGCUGAAGGAUCUGUUGUUUGGGCUAAAAUGGCAGGAUUUCCAUGGUGGCCAGCUAUGAUAGAGAUAGAUCCUGAUUCAGAGAGUUAUUUUAUGUUAAUGACACCAUACAGCAUGUACCCAAGUCAUUACCAUGUAGUUUUCUUUGAUGAUAAAGUAUCUAGAGCAUGGAUCAAUUCAACUUCAAUCAAAAAGUAUACAGAAGAUGAGGAUAUGACUCCAAAGCCAACAAAAGGAGGGAAAGGAUAUGCAAGUUUUUCAAAGGAUUUAGUGAAGGCUAAAACAAAUGCACUUCUUGCUUAUGAUAUGUCAGUUAGUGAUAGGUUGAAGAAUUUUAGUUUUGCCAAAAGAUAUAGAGGGACCUAUGGAAAGGUUUACCAAUCAGACAGUUCACAAGAGACACCAAAACCUAUAAAGAAGAAACCUAAGAUGAGGAAGAGAAAAGUAGAAGAGAUAAGCAGUGGCAUGAUAGACUCAGCAUUAGAGGAAGAUGAUAAUGAAGAAGCUGUAUUGAAAGGGAUUGAAGAAGUGUUGGAUGCUAUUGAUGAUGAGCUUGAUGCUAUGAGUGAAGAUUGUGAUGAUGAAGAUGAUGAAGAUUUUAAAAUGUCACAAGAAGAUGAAAACAAGACAAAUAUAACAAAACAUGGAGAUGAUAAGAAAAAAACAUUAAAAGAUGAAGAUUUCAAAAUGGCAAAAGAAGAAGAAAACAAGAUUAAUAUAACAAACCAUGGAGAUGAAAAGAAAAAAUCUUCAAAAGAAACCAAACAGAAUUCAAGACAGAAACCUAAUAAAAAAGCAGAAGAAAUCAAUAAAGAUUUGAAAAUUAAAAUUAAGAAACCCAAAAUGUUUGAGGAAGAAGAUGAAGAAGAAGAAAUGGUGGUUCCAUCAAUACCAGUAAAAUCUAUGAAGUUUGACAGUGAUAUAUUUACAAUGGAUAUGGAUGAUGAUUUACCAGGGGAUUCUAAUACUACAGACACUAAUAGUAAAGACGCUGACAACAAAUCUAUAAACCUUGAGGGGGGAGAUAAAACUGAAUUAAAAAAUGCAUCCACAUCUUCUGUGGAGAAUUCAUCCAAAACUGAAAAUUCAAGUACUGAAGAUGCUGAAAAUGCACAAAAUGACAGUAAUUUUGAAAAUACUGAAAAUGAUGAUUCUGAUAGCAGCCAAAGUCAAAAUGAUGAUAAGUCUGAAAACAGUCAAAAUCAAAAUGAACAAUCUGUUGAAAUAACAAAUACCUCAAAAGAAGACACACUUGAAGAGAAUAGUGCUACUCAUAUAGACAAUGAUUCUGUUGCUGUCAAUAGUUCACCUGAUAAUGAGGCAUCUUGUACAACUGAUACUGCUACACACGACAUUGAAAUGGACGAUAGAUCACAGGAGGUGUUAUCUUUGGAGCAGGAUGAACAAAUGGUUCCAGGAGAAGAACAAGCACAUACUGACGAAGAGCUAAAUUUAGAAAUAUCUAAUCCUAUAGAAGAUAAACACCCAUCACAGAUUAUAAAUCGUACCAUUGCCCCUGUCACGAUAGAACUUGCUUAUGAUUCUGAUCCAUUUGAUAUGGAAGAGUAAAAUCUAAUCUGUCUCUUUAAUGCUUGUUAUAUAUUGUUAUCUUUUUUUAUAAUAUUGUUAUCUGUUAUUUUAGAUAAUGUAAAAAUUAAGCAGAACAAUCAUUCAAAUUUUUUUCUUAAUAUCAUUUUAAUUUCAAUAACAAAGACAAUAUAUUCAUAUGCUAAUGUCACAUGUAAUGAUUCUAAAAAAUGUUCUUAACAUAGAUGGAUAAAAUUUUUGGUUGAUGAACACUAAAAUCCUAUAAACAUCUAAAAUUUCUAUAUGCACAUGUCUUUGAUAGAUGUAUUUAUGCUGCUGUCAGUCAGGACACUUCCAAUCCAAUAUUAAAGUCAAAAUUGCUUUCACCACUUCUUAUGAAACUUUUACCUUGAAAGGAGAAGUCUACAUAAAAAUUAUCCUUUCAGAAUUAUUAAAUCAUGGAACAAACUAAGUUUAUGAUUAUAACUUUUUUCUUAUUUGGCAUAGAGCAGAGUGAAAAUUUGAUAAAAACAUUUUAUUGUACGUACUCUUUUUGAUGGUCUCUAUAAAAUAAUGUUUGCCAUAAAUACUAAAUAAAUACCUUCAAUCAUAUAAAAACCUUAAAAGUUCAUAAGACUUCAAUGGUCAUUUGUUUAAAUUAUUUGAAAUGUCAGUGUUCAGAGUUCAUUCAUAUUUUGAUAUAUUCCUUGUAGUAAAU